AUGCAGCGGAAAGGAAGCACAGGUUACCGUGGAUACCUUAAUAGGGAAGGACCAAAAGCUUUAGGAUCCAAGGAGAUACCAGAGGGAGCAGAGAACUGUCUGGAAGGACUGACGUUUGUUCUAACUGGUGUGUAUGAAUCUAUAGAGCGUGAUGAAGCAAAGAGCCUGGUAGAGAAAUAUGGUGGUAAAGUCACUACAUCCAUUAGUAAGAAGACUAACUAUAUCGUAGUAGGACGGGAUGCUGGAGAGAGCAAACUGAACAAGGCCAACCAGUUUGGUACCAAGCAGUUGGAUGAAGAUGGGUUAUUUGAGGUUAUAAAAACACGACCUGGUAAAAAAUCUAAAUAUACCAUUCAAGCUGAGGAGGCAGCUAAAAAGGAAAAAUGGCUGGAAAAAAAGGCCUCAAGGUCAUCACAUAAAGAGGAACCUCAGACAUCAUCUAAGCCAAGCUCAAGCAGUUCAGACUUUUUGUCGAAACCUAGUUCUAGUGUAACAGACAAUUCUAUUGGACAAUCAAAAUCAGAGAGCCAAUCAGAGCCCUCGUUACUUUGGGUGGACAAACAUAAACCAACCAAUAUGAAGACUAUCAUUGGUCAGCAGGGAGACAAGAGUAAUGCUAAGAAGCUUUUUAAUUGGCUGAAUUCUUGGCACAAGAGCAGAGCAUCGGGCGCUAAGCCUGCAGGAAAAUUCUUCAACAAGGCCAAUGAUGAUGGUUCUGGAUUUAAAGCAGCUCUGUUAUCUGGCCCCCCUGGUGUUGGUAAGACAACCACAGCUACUCUCGUCUGUAAGGAAGCCGGUUUUUCUUACGUGGAGUUGAAUGCAUCUGACACCAGAUCUAAGAAGAGUUUACAAACAGAGGUGGCUGAAUCAUUAGAUAAUACGACUCUUAAAAUCAGGUAUUGCCAAGGAUCAGCUCAGUCUUUGAGAACCGAAAAACAUUGUUUGAUCAUGGAUGAAGUAGAUGGUAUGGCAGGCAAUGCUGAUAGAGGUGGCUUACAGGAACUGGUGUCUCUAAUAAAAGGGAGUAAAAUACCAGUGCUUUGUAUCUGUAAUGAUAGAAACAGUAUGAAGAUGAGAACACUCUCCAACUAUUGUUUUGAUCUCAGAUUUUAUAAACCAAGAUUAGAGCAAAUCAAGGGUGCUAUGAUGUCUCUCGCCUUUAAAGAAGGUAUAAAAAUAACACCACCAGCCAUGAACGAAAUAAUUUUGGCUGCCAAUCAAGACAUAAGACAGGUGAUCCAUAAUUUAUCAGUGUGGAGUGCCUGUGAUAAAGGUGUCAGCUAUGAACAAGCUAAGAUAGAUUCCAAAAGUGCCAAGAAAGAUAUGAAAAUAGGUCCGUUUGAUGUCUGCCGGAAAGUUUUUGUAUCUGAUGAAGAAACAGCCAAGAUGACCAUUCAUGAUAAGUCUAAUUUAUUCUUCAACGACUACAGUAUAGCGCCACUCUUCGUCCAAGAAAAUUACCCCAUGGUCAUUCCUAAUGCUGGGAGAGGGAACAUGAAGGAGCACCUUCGACUGCUGGCAAAGACAGCUGACAGUAUUUGUGAUGGUGACCUGACUGAUAGAAUUAUUCGUAAAGAAGGUGUUUGGGGAUUACUUCCAAUGCAGGCUAUGUAUUCCAGUGUCAUCCCUGGUGAGCUGAUGAGAGGUGGUUUCCCUCAAAUGGUGGCCUUCCCCAGUUGGCUUGGUAAAAAUUCUUCUACUGGUAAAACUGAUAGGCUACUAGCUGAACUUAGUAUGCAUAUGAGACUCAAUAUCUCUGGAGACAAAAGAGCCUUAGCCAUGGACUAUCUGCCAGUGAUGCGUAAAGCUCUGACUGAACCACUGGUCCAAGAAGGUGGAGAAGGAGUCCCCAAAGUCAUCAAGCUGAUGGACGAUUAUGACAUUACUAAAGAUGACUUUGAUAAUGUCCUGGAAGUAUCUAAAUGGCCGAACAGUUCUGAUCCUCUCAGCAAACUGGACUCUAAGACAAAGGCAGCAUUUACUAGAACCUACAACAAGGAGUGUCAUUUGACGCCCUAUGCUACUGGUCAGACCACCAAAAAGAAGAGGGGUAAAGGGGGAGGAGCUAGUGAGGAUGAAGGUGACCUGUUGAAGAUGGAAGGCGAGGAUGAUGAUGCUGCUACUGUUGAUAGCGGGGAUGAAGAAGGAGAUGCUCUUGAAAAUGAUACCAUGAUUAAGGUCAGUUUGGUACAGCCAGAGAGUUGGAAUAAGGGAAAGGGGGGUUGGGAAUCUUUAGGGAUUGAUUUAUAG